AUGAUCAUGACAUCUUCACCAAUCCUCACACCCUCCUGUCGAUCAAUUGCUCAUACGCCCUCACCAUCCUCCUCGCCCAAGCUCACUCCAGUCCCAUCAACCAUGGCCAAACCCAUCCCUACUCCCAGUGCGUUCUCCACUGCUUCCGGAGUACCCAUAACCUCAUCUUCUUUACCUACGAGGUCAUUCGUACGUGGACCUCAGGCCAGACCAUACAAUGCGCUCCCCAAGAACCCCAAAGCCGUUGAUGGCGAUACAAAGCGAUUCGCAGAGAUCGUAGCUUCCAUGGUAACUCAGAGGGAGAACGAGAAACGAAAAUCUGAAUUGAUAGAGAUGGUAGAGAAUGUCAAUCUGUCUUCUUCCCAGGAAGACUCACGAUCCAUCGGACCCAACGUGAAGAGGUUGAAUAUACCCAAAAGGAAUAAGAGCAUAGCCAUGGGGAUGGUAGGUAGUUGGGAAGUAGAGGCGGCAGAGUUGAUUGUGGAUAUUCCCGUUUGGAGUCCAGGUUGUUUCCAAGACCUAUCAACCCUCCAUGCUCUACGCGAUACCACCCUAUCUCACACUCAUGCGCUAUUGAACCACCUACUCAACGCGCAUUCGACACCGGCUACAUAUAGAUUACUCGCCCGAUCAUGUGCUCAGCCCAACCACUCUGAUCAUGCUCAUACGGCCUAUCAUCAGGGAUGGGGUUGUAUAAGGCUCACACCAUCUAUCACGUCGCCCAUCUCCGCUCCAUUGGAGUUGAAACCUUCAGUCAGAAGGGCUAGCCUCGUUCAUACCCAUUCUACACCCAAUGCUCAUACUUUGAAGAAUCAGGGUCAUUCGCCUACUCGAACGAAGGUAGACCAUGAUAAUUGUCAUGAGAAGGUGAUUGUAGAAUCUGACGACGAAGAGGAAUUUGAAAUUAAAUUGAAAGAAGGAUAUUCCCGAUCGAGUAUUUCGACAAGCGACGAUGAGAGUGAGAAUGAAGAAGAGGAAAGUGCCGAUGUCAUUGUGGGUAGAGAAAUCCUAAGGAGAGGUGGUAAAGAGGGAAUGGCUUUCUUGAUGACUCUCUUUGGUCAACCAGCAUUGAUCUUGACAUAA